AUGAUGGCGACACCUUUUACCGCCAUGUCGUCUACCUCACUAGUUGUUCAACGUGAGAAAAGAAGACGUCGUAAAGUGACAUCUCCAAGUAAAAUAGGACGAAAACCUCGUCGAGGCUUUAAAUUUACGGAAAAGAAGGAUUGUGGAAACAGUCAAGAACCUCUAGAGGCGACACCUGUUGGAAAAAGAAAACCUGGGACACCUGCUAAGGAAAAUACGUUUGUAUUUCGUGUACGAAAAGACGAUGAGAAGGAUGUUAGCAAACAAUACACAAUGGAUACAGAUGCAGUAUCAGCAGCAUUACGAGCUAAGCAAGAAAAGAUGAAAAGGGCUGAGAUGCGACGAUUAGUGCGUCAAAAGAAGCGGGAAGAGGCGACGCGAGAGGCACUGAAUGAGGAGGAAAUGAAGCACAAGAAACUGUCGGCUGAUCAGAUCUCACUCUAUCAUCUAGUGCAGCGUCAAGUAAAGCGCGAACUUCGAAAGGUGAGAAAGGAAUAUCUUACAUCCGUUGCGCGUCAGGACAUUAUGCAACUCAGCGAGACCAGUCUGCAAGCCAUGAAACACGAGUUAAUAUCCUUCAUGGCAGAGAAUUCACCAGGAAAUGUGGCAAUUCAAGUGCCUAACCCAGAAAACACUCGAAUGCGCGCAGCGAUUGAGGCAUACGAGCAGCAGAUGAAAAGUUUGGAAGAUGAAGAGAGGCAGUGGCUAGAGAUGAAGGCAACACUUGAAGCGGACAUGCCGUCUGCAUUGAACGAGGCAACAACUGAGUCUAGCAGCGAAGCGACGGCGACGCACACUACUAUCACUCAAGAAGGAAAUAAGGUAGGGGAAAACACUCAAAAGGAAGAGCUGUCAUGCGAAUUGAAGGUUACGCGAAGUAUUGAGGCCCUUCAGCGCUCGGCACUGCAGCAAUUGGGAUCGACUACGGAAAAGCUAGCGCUCCUGGAUGCAUCCAUGUCGGCUGUAAAUCGGUGGAUAGUGGAAGCCGAAACAAAGAAGGCGAGGCUUUUUGGUGCAUACCACGACAGCGCCUUUAAGGGCUACGGUAACAUGGCGCAGCCAAAAGAGAGUCUUCGCGCGCUACUCGAGCUUCCAGCACGAGGCGGCGUGCCGUAA